AUUGUUCCGACCGUGUGAACGACCUGACCGGAAAACAUCUAGACGGAGCGGAGGCAGGCAGAGGAAAGAUGGCAGCCGCGGCAGUGGCUGAGUUUCAGAGAGCACAGUCUCUUCUUGGAACAGACCGGAAUGCCUCCAUCGAUAUCUUACAUUCUAUAGUGAAGCGGGACAUCCAGGAGAGCGAUGAGGAGGCGGUGCGGGUUAAAGAGCAGAGCAUCCUGGAGCUGGGUGGGCUGCUGGCCAAGACGGGACAGGCUGCAGAGCUAGGGGGUUUGCUGAAAUAUGUACGCCCCUUCCUCAACUCAAUCUCCAAGGCCAAGGCAGCCCGGCUGGUCCGCUCCCUACUGGAUCUGUUCCUGGAUAUGGAAGCGGCGACAGGUCAGGAGGUAGAGCUCUGCCUGGAGUGCAUAGAGUGGGCCAAGGCUGAGAAGAGGACGUUCCUCCGACAGGCACUAGAGGGUCGUCUCAUCUCACUGUAUUUCGACACAAAGUGCUACCAGGAGGCACUACAUCUCGGCACCCAGUUGCUGCAGGAGCUGAAGAAGAUGGACGACAAAGCCCUGUUGGUGGAGGUUCAGCUGCAGGAGAGUAAGACCUACCACGCGCUCAGCAACCUGCCCAAGGCCCGCGCCGCCCUCACUUCUGCUAGGACGACCGCCAACGCCAUCUACUGUCCGCCUAAACUACAAGCAGCUUUAGACAUGCAGUCAGGGAUCAUUCACGCAGCGGAGAAAGACUGGAAGACGGCUUACUCCUACUUCUAUGAGGCCUUUGAGGGCUACAACUCCAUUGACAACCCCCGAGCCGUCACAGCACUUAAAUACAUGCUGCUCUGCAAAAUCAUGCUCAACUUGCCUGAGGAUGUCCAGGCUCUCAUCAGUGGGAAGCUAGCUCUGCGGUACGCUGGCAGACAGACAGACUCACUGAAGUGUGUCGCACAAGCAAGCAAGAACCGGUCGCUGGCAGACUUCGAAAAGGCACUAACGGAGUACAAGGCCGAGCUGAGGGAUGACCCCAUCAUCAGCACCCAUCUGACCACGCUGUACGACAACCUGCUGGAGCAGAACCUCAUCAGGGUCAUCGAACCCUUCUCCAGGGUGCAGAUGGAACACAUUUCCUCCCUCAUCAAACUGUCGAAGGGAGACGUGGAGAGGAAAUUAUCACAGAUGAUCCUGGACGAGAAGUUUCACGGUAUUUUGGACCAAGGUGAAGGAGUGCUGAUUGUCUUCGAGGAGCCGGUGGUGGACAAGACGUACGAGGCGGCUCUGGAGACCAUUCACAACAUGAGCAAAGUGGUGGACUCGCUCUAUAACAAAGCCAAGAAGCUCACAUAAGAGAGAGUGAGAGCAUCGGUCCUCCUGUCAGGAGUGACGUGGACCAGUCACACCGCCGUUGUUCGCUCACUUCAACCCGGGAGGGACGAGGGGAGGAGGAGGGUGCAAACACCUAACAACCCAGCAAGCAAAUAAAGCAGCGGACCAACUGAAGACGACCCAACAGAACAACAAAGAGGCGGAGUGGACGCGCUGCUGCUCCUCGUCCUCCCUCACUCCUCUGCUCUCCCUCUCGCUUGUCUCUUCCUUCCAAUCUGACUGGGUUGAUCUGACACAAUGUGCUCCUCCCUGUGGACUAAUUCAGGCACUGUGCCUCUCUUCUCCCACCACUGGUUUCUACCGUAUGUAAAAUUGGACAAGUCUCUUUUUCCCCCUUUUUUUCCCUAUUUCUCUCUGCGCUGGCCAUCAGGGAAUCUUGUAAAAUAACAGUAAAGAAUCCAUAUACAGUACUUAUAAAUACAUGUAUUAUAUGAAGAAAAAAACCCUGACAACAUGCUCGGCCUGUUCUCGGACUGUAACCGGGGGAAACGUGAGUUGGUUGGUCUGUCUCUCACCAGGUUCCACCCGUUCUCUUCAAUUUGAAACUGAAUGUUUGAAUUUCUCCGAUUUUUCUGCGGUUUUGAAUAAAUCAGCUCACAGUUAACGAGGUCACCUGAAGAAUGGUUUUGAAAACGGUGGCCAUCAGAACAACCCCUCCCUCAUAUCUUCUCCUCAUAUCCUUACUGUGACCUUUGCCCCCCUUUUUCCCCACCCUGAGUGGUCUCACUCACUCACACGGCAUUCUGGGAUUCGUGGACCAUACAGGGAGUUUGCUCUUCUGUCCGCUCGGGACCAUGACACAAGGAGAGAAGGACAUUCAUCAAGACACUCUUAUACCCCCUUUCUCUCUCCUGCACUCCCACUUCCUGUUUGUAUAUACCAUUGCCAAGCGCCUCUGUUCAUCCAAGGCCUGAUGUAUUCACACUGUCCCCUUUUUUUUAUAAUGCAUAAGAACAGAAUAAACUCGGCACUGAGAGCUUGGUCAGUCACACAAAGUGCUUUUGAUGCUCGAGAUGUGACUGGAGAGGAAACUCUGAGACGUGAUGUUGGUUGUGCAGAAAAAGGCAGGUUUCGCUGAAGAAAAUCAAGCUGUACAUUUUUGGGAACUUAAUUUUGCAAGGACUCAAGGGUUUACCAUAUAUGACAUAGAGAAAGACAAACGCUAAUAAAAAAUGAAACCUGGAAGUUGUUUGAUUUUAGGAUCCUGGAAACGGGUUGUUACAGGUUUUUGGAUUCUUCUGCAGUUGCCAGGGGGUAUGUGGAAAGAUUGUGGAGUAGCUCAUCUAAUAAAAAUAAUAAAAAUCUUAAAUAACGA